CUCCAUUGCCACAACCAGCCCUCUUUUAAUUUGGUCAUCGUCUCUUGAUCUGUUCAUCAUCUCCGGCGAGACGCCACCACAUCUCCGGUCAAAUCCAUAACAGCCACCACCACAUCUUCGCCUCCUCUCCUUCUUUUUGAUCUGGUCAUCGUCUCCGGCGAGACACCACCGCAUCUCCGGUCAAAUUCAUAACAGCCACCACCACAUCUUCGCCUCCUCUCCUCCUUAGGCAAUCAGUUCAUCACCAAUGAACGUUUAACUUAAGGCCGCCACCAUAUCUCCGGUCAGAUCCACAAUAACCACCAUUAGUUCAGCGUAAUCUAAGCCCCCCGCCGCCGCCUCCGGACCAUCUGUGUAUUUACUUGCCAGUUCUAAACUUCUAAUUCAUUUAAUAUUCAAUGUAAGGUUUCAGGUGAUUGCACAUAUUUCGACUGCAAAAGACUAUCAUCAAUAACGGAAACCGAGUCACUCACCACCGUUCCAAUCGGAAUACCUAUUCCCAACUGUGAGACAUGGUGGUGGCGGUUGGUGGAUGUGGCUGGAUGUGGCUGGUGGCAGGAGAAAGGGUUAAUAUAAAUUGGGGAAAUAAAAAGGCAAUCAGGCGUACCGUCUUCUCCGCUUUAUCCAAUUCUCCAUCGAAUCAAGUGCUGAACAAGUGGAUCUCCACAACAACCCACCUUAAUCAGUCAUGGGUGAAUAAGAUCAAAGGCGUCUUCACCGGUAAAAAACCAGAUUCAUCCAGUAACCAAGACGCCACAUCGCAAUCAUUCACUCUCCUCCAGUUUGCGGACCAGUUGAAAAAUGCACGGAAGUUAGGUACAUUGAAACAAUACGUGGUCGGCCGAAGCAGUGAGGCGACAUUUUCGGAUGCAUUUACGAAGCAAGAGGCUAUAAUUAGGGUUCUUGGUGGUUUUGAUCCCACUGGAGAGAAUAUACAACCUAGUCAAAAGCAAGAAGCGGCAAAAUUGUGCAAAUGCACGAUAGCUGAUGUGGAAAAUACUUUGGCAAAGUUUACUUGGGCUAGAGAAGCUCAUAAGAAACUUGAAAAGAUGAAGGAAGAAGGAAAACCGAUGCCAAAGAGCUUGGGUGAGGUUCAAAAGCUAAUGGGAUCAACACCAAUGGAUAUUGCUAACUCUAGCAUGGCUAAGAGUGGGCAAAUAAGCAGAAAUGCACUCUGCCCUUGUGGAUCUAAAAAGAGAUAUAAGCGGUGUUGUGGUGCUUAAGGGAGCACAUUCAAGAACAAAUUCCAUACGUAAUCGUUUGCUUGUAUGCUUUAAGUCCUUGACAUUUUUGUCUGUUAACAAGGUUUGAAAAGUUUAAAGCGAUCAACCAUUGCCUAGCAAUGCAGCUGCAUGCUUGAGGGAAAAAGAUAUACAUUUAAAUUGUUGGGUUUGAUUUUGUAGUGUUGCUUUGAUUUUCAGUAGUAGUUUAGUUUUUGGAAUAAAUGCGAAGUCGAAAGCUAGCUCGAAACUAUGGAGAUUAUUCAUUUUAGUUGGACCACUCAAAGAUAAUGUUGAAAUACAAAUUUUGAACCUUAAAUAUUUCUCUACAUGUACUAUGGAGAUUAUUCA